GCCAGUGAUUCAGCUCAAGGAUAAUCAAAAAUUGAGGCCUUUCUCCAUAAAAGUUUUUACCAAUGGAGAGCCUCUAAUUCCUUCAGUUAACAUCAAGAUUCCAAAAUAUGCACUGAAGUCAAUGGAAAGCGUUUUAGCCAUUGUUGCAGACGUCAUGUCCCUUCGUACUGGAGUGAAGAGUCUUUACACACUUGAUGGACAACCUGUUAAAUCUGUGACGGAGUUGAAGUUUGACGGCUGUUACGUUGCUGUUAGUAAGGGGAAGUUUAAACCUGUUCAGUACUACUUCAGCAAGAAAUGUGACGGGAACAAAUGUAAAGAGAAACUAUUUGUUCAAGCAGUACGUCAUAAAGAAGACAUUAAACCUGUUGUUCAGACCAAAACCGAGGCGACUGGUAAAAAUGAGAGAAAUCCAAAAAUAGAGUAUUUCACCAUCGAUGUUUUCACCAAUGGAGAGCCUCUAAUUCCUUCAGUGACUGUAAAAAUUCCAAAGACGGCUCUGAAGUCAAUGGACAACGUCUGCAGCGUGGUGGGAUCCAUGAUGUGCUCUCAUGCUGGAGUGAAGAGGCUUUACACACUUGAUGGACAGCUUGUGAAAGAUCCACAAGACUUGAAGAACGAUGGAAAAUAUGUUGCUGUUACCAGGGGAAGGUUUAAACCUGCCGACUACUUCCAGCCAGUCCGAGUGCCCCUGAAGAAAAAGGGGAAGAAUAAAUGUGAAGAAACUCCACCUGCUGUUCAGGCGACACGUCACAAAAAACAAGUGGAUGACAAGAUCAAGGAGAAGAAGGAUGACAUUUGGAUACAUCCCCCAAGUUCCAAACUGUCCUCCCCCCAUCAGUCAGAUGUGGAGACGUCUUCACCUGCAUUGUCUAACAAAGAUGUUGCUGAAUCUGGUUGUCAAGAAGAACCUGACAUCCAAGAAUCAGAGCAAAUCAAGAAGAACAUUGAAGAACAGCAGAAGAUCUGCCCACCAACACGUGAGGAGGAGAUCAUCAUAGAACUGCUGGAGCAAUGCUCCGAGGUUUAUGACUUUUACGGUGACCCAGAAACGUACUUCCUCGAUUGUCAGAUGAAGGAGAUGAUGCUGAAUCAACUGUCUUCCUACAUCACAGACAAUAGGACCAUCAUCUCAGAGUGUCUAUACCCAGAGAUUGUGAGCAUGUGUGCUGCACACACGUUCAGGGCGUUGAGUCUAUCCUCUAAUCCUCCUGCUGCAGAGUUUCUUUCACAAAGUGAAGAACCCAAGCUGGAUCCUGCAUGGCCACAAAUCCAGGUACUACUGAGCAAAUGA